UUUUUCUUACUUCCUGUUUCCUGUAAAGGAAGAGUUUUCUUUUGGUAUGUGGGCUGAGAGAUCCUUUUUUCCUGAAGCAACUCAUUUCAACUGUCCGUGAAUCAGGACCUGGAAACAGAAUGGCUGCCCAAGAGACUUCUGCCGAUAUCAGUAACAUUUCAGAGCUGGAUUCCACUUAUAUUGAGGGUUUUUUUUCUCAAGCAAAUUUUAAUUUUAGCAAACUUAUGGAAGAAAUGGAGCUAGAAUACCGGCAAAUUCGCAAGGAACAGCAAAGAGGGUUUAAUCCUACAAUGAGAAGUGAAGCCAAAAGGUUAAAAACUUUCCUCUCCCUACCUAAUGGUUGUAAAUCAUCUUGGGCACCCUCAGAAAUGGCUGCAGCUGGCUUCUAUUACACCGGUGUUAAGACUGCAAUACAAUGUUUUUGCUGUGGAUUAGUUUUGCUUGCAAGAAGUCUUGAAAGGUCACCUUUUGAGGAACAUAAAAAGCUAUGGUCCAGUUGCAAAUUUAUUUUAGGCAAAGAGGUUGGUAACAUCUCUAAGUAUGACAUUCGAGUACAGAAUCCAGAGAACAAUUCUUUAGAAGUAAAAAAUAAGCACAAAGAAAUGGAGUCAAGACUUGAAUCCUUCACCAACUGGCCAUUUUAUUGCAAAGAAAUACCGCCUGCUUUACUAGCUAAUGCUGGAUUUUUCUUUACAGGCCUAAAAGAUACAGUUCAGUGUUUUGCCUGCUCUGGAUGUCUGGGCAAUUGGGAAGAAGGUGAUGAUCCAUGGAAAGAACAUGCAAAAUGGUUUCCUGAGUGUGAAUUUCUUCAAAGGAAGAAGUCCAGAGAUGAAAUUAAACAGUAUAUUCAAAGUUAUUGCAGAUUUUUUGGCAUGACGGGAAAGCAUUUUGCAGCAUCUACCAGGAAAUGUGUACCUUCUGACCCAGAGGACCUAGAACCCUUUCUGAACAUCUAUAAGGAUGAAGAGAUUCGGCUGGAAUCUUUCAAAACGUGGCCACAAGAUGCACAUGCUGAUCCAGCAAUUCUGGCUAAAGUAGGUUUCUUCUAUACAGGUAAAAAUGAUACUGUACAGUGUUUUUACUGUAGCGGGUAUGUGAAAAACUGGGAAGAAACUGAUGAUCCUUGGGAAGAACAUGUGAAAUUUUUCCCUCAUUGUAAGCUAUCGGAUCCAGAAAGACGGAUAUCAUCAGAAAAUAGCAAAAUGCAACCAGAGGCUGAGUCACAGCAUGAAAAGCAAACAUAUUACAAUGAGAAUUCGAAUGAGAUAGAAACUGUCAGCUCAGCCAUGACCAACAUUGCUCUGGAUGAACAUGAAUGGCUGCAAAGAAAGCUCUCAGAGGCUUAUAAUGGUUUCAGUUUCAGGAAAACGCUUUCUUUUGGGGAUCACACCCGUUUUGCCGUUGACUUGAAAUUGCUUUACGGGGAUCUGGCCAUUGUCUCCAAAGACAUCAGUAACCAACCACAGCAGCAGCUGUCAUUGCCUGAGGUCCUGGAGAGCUUUUAUUCCAUUACAGUAAUAGAAGGAGAGGCAGGUAGUGGGAAAACUGCAUUGCUUCGGAAAAUAGCAAUUCUUUGGGCCUCUGGAUGUUGUCCCAUACUCAACAGAUUCAAGUUAGUUUUUUAUUUGUCCCUGAAUUCUGGGCAACGUGACCAAAGUCUGGCCGACCUUAUCUGCAGUCAGGUAAUAGGGCUUAAAGGGACCUUGACUGAAGAUUCUCUGAAGAACUUAUGUCAAAGUUUAACUAACGAGGUCCUGUUCCUUUUGGAUGAGUUUGACAAAAUGACUGGGCUUCCUUGUGCAAUCGAAGAUUUGAUUCAAAAGAACUAUUUGAACAAACACUGCUUGGUUAUUGCAGUUCGUCCUCACCAAGUUAGAGGAAUUCGCCAACAUGCAAACACUCUUCUCAGUAUUUUGGAAUUCCCAUUAAGUAGCACCCUCUAUCUGUUAAGAAAACUAUUUUCAUACAAUGUUCGGCUUUUAGAAGAAUUUUUUAUUCAAUUGUCCUGUGAAGAGACCAUGCGUUCCAUGCUGAAGACUCCCCUUUUUGUUGCAGCCCUUGCCUCGUACUGGGCUCAGAAUCCCAAUGGCAAUAUAUUCACUGGCAUGGUCAUUUUAAAAGCCUACAUGCUGUACAGCUUGUUGAAAUAUCCUCAAGAAAUGGAUCGCAUGAAAGCUGUGAUGUCUGCUUGUGGGGAAUUAGCUUUACAAGGUCUCUUCAAAUCCCUCUUUAACUUCAGUGAGAAAGACCUGUCUGAAGCUGGGGUUAAUGGGGAGGAAGCUCUCUACUUUGGAUUGCUGAGCAAGUUUACUGCCCAAAGGCUCCAGCCACUCUAUAAGUUCUUCCACCUUUCCUUCCAAGAAUUUCUUGCAGGACAAAAAAUGAGUGAGCUGCUGGCUUCAGAUGUACAGGCAGAUAUAAAUAAAGGCCUGGAAUACUUGCAGAAAAUCAACACGUUCGCAAAAAUUAAUGGGCGCUACCAAUAUAUUUUGAGAUAUGCUUGCAGUGAACCAUCCAAAGCAGUACCCAUAAUAAUAUCCCACCUACUGAAUUUACUCGGUUGCAAGACGUCACCUGAAAGCCAUUCAGAUAAUGAUAUUUAUCUGCAGCAAACUCCAGACCUUAAUUUAAAGCAAUAUAAGCUUAUCAGCAUUGCCUCUACUUUGAUUCCAGAAUAUCAUCACUCAAAAUUCACCGAAACUGUACUGAUAUUUGCUACUGAGUUAGCUUAUCAAAGCAAUAUGGUUUCCAGUUGUGCACAUAUGAUUUUAGAGUUUCUGACUGGGAAAGAGGUUCCUUUAUAUUUGUUGAAAAGUGGAUCCAUCCAUAAAUUAUGUCUGGAUUAUCCAGAAAGUUUGUUCUUACCAAGUAGAUUUGAGGAAGCCCUUGCAGGAAGGGAGGAAUCUAUUGAUAUGGUGGCAGCGGAAAGUGCUUUUCUCAACUUGAAGGUUCCAUCAGUCGAACCAAUAUACACUCAAGCUUUUCAACUCUUCAGUAAUGUUAACCAGCAACUAAAAGAAAACUUAGAUGAUAUUAAUAGUUUUAGGACCUAUAGAUGCAGACAGAUUCCGGAUUCCAUAAUAACUCCAUUUCUUGGUGUGAAAAGCCGUGAGAAGAUUCCAUAUCUGAAAUUUGUUUUCAGACAUAUGACUUCCCUUGAAGCUCCUGAUAUUCAGAAUUUAAAAUUGCUCUUCUCAUUUUUUGAUAAUAUUGAACUCAAUUUGCAAAAUUGCAAAGGCCUCCUUGAGAAUAUCAAGACAGCUAUUGAAGAGAACUUGAAGUCUUUUAAAAUCUGCAGCUUAAAUGAUACUGAACUGAAUGAGCUGGAGGAAAACCUACUUCUCUCAAUGUCUUCACUUGAAUCCCUUGACAUUAAGUGGAGUGCUUCAGCACCAGUUUCAGAAACACUCUUUGCAAAUUUGGACAAAUACACAUUUUUAAAGGAACUCUCAUUGGAUCUAUCUGACUGCCAGAAUAUAUUUGAUACCAUCCCAGAGGGGUUCAAAAAUCUUCAUAACAUUGAGAAAUUGAUCCUCUGUAACAUUCAGUUUAAAACAAGUUCUGCCUGGCUCGUUGAACUCAUACGGAACUUUCCAAAUCUCUCUCUCUUCCGUUUGCAAAGAUCAACUGUUUCUGAUAUGGGAGCUCUUAUGAACGCAAUGUCUUCCUGCAAGAAGCUCACUGAAAUUCUACUCAAUGACUUGAAUGUUGGAGAUGAAGAUCUGUAUGCCCUUACUGCUGUUUUGCCAAAUUUUACAGCAUUAAAGAUAUUGAAUCUCGCAAGAUUAUAUUUGGAAAACAAGGAAGUAUCCACAGCACUGGCAUUAGCUUUACGUUCGCUUAUGAAUUUGGAAGAACUUGUUCUACCAAAUGGAGAAGGAAUAAGACAUGCAGCUAAAUUGAUUAUUCAACAAUGUUUCCAUUUUCAAAAUCUUCGUAAGUUGGAGUUUAGUCUAUAUUUAAGUGCUGAAGGCCUAUUGGAAAUAGCAAAAGUAGCUGCUGAUGGAGGUUUUCAAAAACUUGAAUUUCUAUGCCUCUCAGCCAACCAUAAAAUUACUGAAGAGACCUGGAGGAAUUUCUUUCAAACAUUAUCCAACAUGCCAGAUUUACAAAAUAUGGAUUGUAGUCGCCUUAUUACACAUCAAAUCAAAUGCCAAGCAGCAACCGUGAAGUCUUUUGUCCAAUGUGUCUCUCGACUGCCCAACCUCAGGUCAAUCAGCAUGAUUGGCUGGUUGUUCGAUGAGAAGGAUCUCAAUAUGUUUGAGAUUAUGAAAGAACAACAUCCCCAAGCAAAGGACUUAAACUUAACUUGGAAAUUUAUAUUGCCAUUUGCACCUAUUAUUAAUGAAUAAAGAAGUGGAAUGUAGGUCACUGUACCAUAUUAAUUAGUAUGCCUUACAUAUAUUCUCACCAUUUAUUGACUUGUUUUAAAAUUUAUUCCAGUGUCAUCAUUCUGUAAUUUUUUCCCCACAACCAGAUUCCCAUUUGUCUGAAAGCUCUUCCCUAUCAGUAUUGGUAGCACUUCCUGAUUGAUGCCACAUCCCUCUAAUUCCAUGACAUAGUUAACAUGGGCAGCUGAGAUAAUUUACUUACAGUUCAAUUAUAGCUGUAUACCACUUGCAAUUCUUUAUAUUUGUCGCAGUUUAUAGCAAUCCAGCCAGCACACAAGCAAAUAAUUCAGCAGGAUUCAUUUAUAGUAGAAACGUCUUUAUAUACAAUAUGAAACAUGAUGCAUGUAUACUAUACCCAUGCAGCUCUUGCAACGUGGUAGAGAGAAGUAGUAGCAAGGACAAGGACAAGAAGUAGAAGCAAGGAACAGAAACAAACACUUAUAUACACAGAACAGUUAAAUUAAGCUAUGCCCAGGCUCCAAGCUGUCUGACAUGGCUGACAACAAAUCCUGGGUCUUAGUCACCAAACAGUUCCCAUUGUUAUGGCUAUUCCAGUUCAUAAAGUCUUAUACACUGACAAUAUUGCUGAAACUGGUUUUAGGCCAGUUUUCCUAUUGAUGGGAAAGCUGAAGUAGUCCAAAUUGAUAUGAAAUUCUGACUCGAUUAUAAAUCGAUGGAAUAGUAACCAGCAUGUAGUUGGAGACUACCAUCCUAAGCCUAUCUGGCAAGAAUUACUUCUAUUUUAAUCGUCUUUGUCACAUCUGUCAGCAUUUUUUUCCAUAUUACAGCAAUUUUUUCCUGACUGAGACAUAUCUACUUUCAUUCCAUAUAGUAUUUAGCCUGCUUCCAUAAAUUGUUUUUUCUUUCUCCUUUGCUACACUCAACUGGUAGAUCAUUUCUGCUGUUAAGAUGUCCAUUCUUGUACGGUAAUAAUUUUACAAUUGUUAUUUUAUCUUUUUAUGUAUUUUUCUGCUGUUUUUUCAAAAUAUAAUAAGCUUCAGGGAUAAGGUCAUGAUGUUGUUCAAGAUAUCUAAAACUCAGUUCACAACUUGGGCAUGCUUUACCUCCUUUUAGUCUUGUGAUCCUGAUCAAGUCUCAUCCCAAUGCAUGUUAGAACCCUGUUGAUUUUCUGUCUCUGACUAUCUAUUAAGAAGGGAAACCUAAGUAUAAUCUUAAUAAAUGUAAUGUAAUAUAUAUAUUAUGCAUGUCUAUGUAAUUUAUUAGGUAUACUGCUAGCCAAUAAAACAUACAUUAGAUUAGUAAAAUAGAUUCAUAUGAUUCAUAUGUAGUUCUGUAACUGCUAAUGUGUGUUCAAAAUACACACAAUAAAAGGAGACAUGGUGCGAGAUGAAAAACAGGCUCUUCUCCUGCUAUUGUGGCUUCUUUACUACUUCAAAAUUGAAAUAAGUAGUGAUACCUUAGGCGACUUUUAAAAUCCUAAAGGGAAAGCAGAGUGUUUUCUGGUGAGCUUAAUUCAUGCAGUGCAUGCA